ACUGCUCUGAUACAGGGGAAGCAAACUGCAGAUAAUGGAACGAAUUAACAAAAGCCAUCCAGAAGAGUUUAUUCUACUAGGCUUUGCGGAUCGUCCCUGGCUGGAGCUUCCUCUGUUCAUUAUUCUGCUUCUAACAUACCCCAUGGCCAUGGUGGGAAACAUAGCCAUCAUUCUGGUGUCCACCUUAGACUCCCGUCUGCACAGCCCCAUGUAUUUCUUCCUCACCAACCUCUCCUUUCUGGACAUGUGCUACACCACAAGCAUUGUCCCUCAGAUGCUGUUUCACCUGGGAGGAUCUGAGAAGACAAUCAGCUAUCUGGGCUGUGCCAUUCAGCUUUAUUUCUUCCACAUAAUGGGAGGCACAGAAUGUCUGCUUUUGGCUAUUAUGUCUUUUGAUCGCUACGUGGCCAUCUGCAAGCCUCUGCACUACACCCUCAUCAUGAAUCGGUGCACCUGUAUCCUACUGGUGGCCACUGUGUGGCUGGGUGGAAUGACCUACGCUGUCUCAGAGGCCACUGUCACAUUACACUUACCACUGUGUGGUCACAACACACUGGAUCACUUGAUAUGUGAGAUUCCUGUUCUGAUAAAGGCAGCCUGUGGUGAGAAGGGCUCCAAUGAGCUCACACUCUCUGUGGUUUGCAUUUUCAUGUUAGCUGUGCCACUAUGCUUCAUUCUUGCUUCCUAUGCUUCUAUUGGACAUGCUGUAUUUAAGAUUAAAUCUUCGGAGGGAAGAAAAAAAGCCUUUGGCACAUGUUCCUCCCAUCUCAUUGUAGUUUUCUUCUUUUAUGGUCCAGGCAUUAGCAUGUACCUUCAGCCCCCUUCCUCCAUCUCUAGGGACCAGCCCAAGUUCAUGGCUCUCUUCUAUGGAGUGGUGACUCCUACACUCAACCCUUUCAUCUACACUCUGAGGAAUAAGGAUGUAAAGGGUGCAUGGGGCAACCUGGUGAGGAGCGUUUUCACUUCCAAGUGAUAGUUCGCAGACAUCAAAUGACAUUCUUUAACAAGUGAGUAGGUAUAUAGGAGUUUCUCUGACAAAUCAUUCUUGUCUCAUACUUCCCCAGAUCAUGGCACAGGGUCUUCUUGCAAACUAUGUCCUACUUCUCAUGUUCUUUCUAAUGCUCUUAGACCAAGGGGACACUUGGCUAAUAAUGCACCCAUAAGGGCACUGUUUGUGGAAAUGUAUUAAAAAGAGUUCUAUUCUGGUGGCACACACUAAAAUUCUAAUGGUGUUAAGAAGUGAAUAAAGUAAUAAU